AUGGAUGGGAGAAAUCAAUCGGUUUUCAAUGAAUUUGUCCUCCUUGGAUUCUCCAAAGAUCUAAAGAUAAACAUUGCUUUGUUUGUACUGUUUCUAAUAAUCUAUCUUAUAACUAUUAUUGGGAAUGGUCUGAUAAUUGGCACAAUUCUGCUAAACUCCCACUUGCAUAUCCCGAUGUAUUUUUUUCUAUGCAAUUUGUCCUUGAUAGACUUCUGCUAUUCCUCGACGUCUGUCCCACGACUGCUCUCCGACCUGUUCUCCGUCCGAAGAACGAUCUCCUACUUUGCAUGUUUCAUCCAACUCUUCAUAGUAGUGUUCGUGGGAGGAACAGAAUGCCAGCUCCUUGCCCUCAUGGCUUAUGACCGGUUUGUGGCCAUCUGCCGCCCGCUUCAUUAUCAUCAUCUUAUGAAGUGGAGGGUUUGUUAUUGCCUGACUGCCUUUGUGUGGUUCUUCAGCUUCAUGAUAAUCAUUGUCCCAGCCCUUGCAACACCCCCGAAGUUAUGUGACCAGAACCAAAUCAACCACUUCAUGUGUGAGGUUCUAGCCGUCAUCAAGUUGUCCUUCUCAUACGCUUACAUUAUAUCGUCUGUAUUAAAAAUUCACUCCGCAGGACAAUAUAAAGCUUUUUCUACGUGCACCUCGCACGCCGUUGUGGUGUUUUUGUUCUUCGGCACCGGAAUGCUCACGUACUUUGGUCCCAGGUCACAGUACUCUUCCAAUCAAAACAAAUAUGUUUCUGUUUUCUAUGUGAUUGUUUGCCCGAUGUUGAACCCUCUCAUCUACAGCCUGAGCAACAGGGAAAUCAGAAAAGCUCACCUGCGGGUGUCCUUAAGGCGGGAAAACCACUGCUCGAGGGGCUUCUGGAAGGUUCCAGGGGCUACCUAUAAAAGGAAGGUCCGUGAGGAGAAAGGUCACUCGGCUGGACUUCAACACAGCAAGCUCUUCAGUGUUAUUGUACCUGAGUGUUGCUGCGUUGGAAUCAAGCCAUGA